AUGGAUGUAGCACUGAGAAAACUGGAAAUGAGUAGAGAGGAAGCCCUAAACUUGCUACAUGAGGUAAAACCCAGCAGCAAACGAGAAGCAGAUAAAUUGUUAAGCUAUUUAUGCGAAGCUGAAGAUCUCAUUGAAGUAAUUGAGUAUGAGAUUCAAAAAUUGAAACCACCUACAUAUACCAGUGUCUCCGGGCGUUGUAUUCUGGUCUCGCUAAAAAACUUGACUAAGCCUCGUCAAAUAGAUGAGUUGCAAAAGAAGAUGGCUAAAAUAAUAGAUGUUUUGAAAGAACAAGUGGACUUGAGCCAACGGAUUCAACCUCUAAUUAAAACAAGUCCUCCGAACAAAAAGCUGAAUUUAAUCGGGAGGGAUGCAGAUGUCCCGAUCAUACUUGAAGAGCUAACUUGUUCAGAGAAAUAUAGUUCGAAUGGAGUCUCUAUAAUUGGCAUGAGAGGCGUUGGAAAGACUGCACUUGCUGAACACAUUCUUAAUCACAAGAAAGUGCAGGCUAAAUUUCCUCUUAUAUUACAAGCUUCUAUGUUUGGCACAAGAUUUUGUAUGGAAGACUUGUUUUCAAAGUUACAGGUGGUCUAUUCUGAAGGGAGGCUCAACGGAAAUGGUCAAGGUCAUCUCUUGGGCUGUGAUAAGUGGUUAUUAAUGCUAGAUGAUCUUGAAGAAGUCUCUUCAAAUACUUGGUGCAAUUUCCAGACAGAGUUUCUAACAGCUGGGAAAAAAAUUCUCAUUACUUCUCUUAGUCCCCGAGUUGGAAAAAUGGCUCAAACUACCCUCCUCUAUUUAAAGCCCUUGUUAGAGGAACAUUGUCGAGACCUAAUCCGCCACAAAAUAGACCUUGUACAUCGCUGUGGACGCUGUCCACCACCUCAGCCUUCUAUAAGCUUUGACUUGGCUAAAAAAUCUUGUGGCUUGCCGUUGGUUGCUACUUUCUUGGCACAGUCAUUACUUGGGACUAAAGAACAGGAUCAAUGGUUCAUUCACGAUGACUUGUGGAAGUGGCCUGAAAUUGAAAAAGAAAUACUUCCAAUUCUAAAAUCAAGCUCCAUGAAUCUUAAAUUGGAAUUGAAGAGAUGCUUUGUUUACUUCUCCUUGUUCCCUCAUGACUACGUAUUCUGUCGGGAGGAUCUGAUCCAUAUGUGGAUUGGAGAACGACUAGUGGAACCUCAUGCAUCAGGUUUUGAAUUAAAUGGGCAGAACUUUUUCAAUGAGCUACUGGAACGAUCAAUUGUUCAACCUCAACCAGUUGACAGCUGUGGCUUGACAAGGUACGAGAUUCAUAAAUUCACUCAUGACUUUGCUCAAAUGCCUGCAGGCUCGAAAGCAUAUGUCCGAAGUGGCGAUGAAUGCAUGUCUAGCUCUUAUGAGUGGGAUAAAUACACCCAUCAUUUUUCCUUGUCUUCCAAUAAGCAAAUCCAACCUUCCUUAUGGGACAAAAUUAGGAAGCACCUUAAAAGUUUAAGGACAUUGCUUCUUCUUUAUAAUAGGCAAAAGAUUGGGCGAAUUGGUGAAAUUCCUUCUAAUUUUUUUGAUAAAUUAUCUGGUCUUAAAGUGCUAGCCUUGAAUAAUACCGAUAUUUCUGACCUUCCCAAUUCUGUAAAAAAGUUGAAGCACCUUCGUUAUCUAGACAUUUCAAACACUAAAGUCAAAAAAUUACCUGAAAAGCUUGCUAACCUUUCUGCCCUGCAAAUUCUCAAGAUUAGAACCGACCCUGAAAUCCCUCAAUUACCUGUAGAUUUCAACAAAUUGACUAAUCUAGCAUUCAUUGAUUGGCAAGAGUCAUAUACUGAAAAUGGCCUCUAA